AUGGCAAAAAUCAAGCGAAAAGCCAAGCACACCAAGCGAGACAACCCCAUCGCCCGAAAGGCGUCCCAGGCCGCCAAGGACGACCGCAAGGAUGAAAACACACGAACCACCAAGAUUCUGCCUCUGCUAGAAAAGCUCAACGGCGGCAAGCCCGCAGACAAGUGCACUGCCAUUGGAAUGAUCACAGCUAUGGUCGAGGAUCCUAAGCUGCGACAGAUGCUUCUCAAGGAGUCGCUCAUCCAGACUGUGAUCGACAAGCUGCUUCCUGACGCUUCCGAGGAGGUUGUCAUGGAGUCGUACGGCCUGCUGCGAAACAUUGUCCUGGAGGAGGGCUACGACGUGGCCGUGUUCAUGUUCCGAAAGAACGUCAUCAAGAUUGCAUGCGACUCUCUGGAGAAGAUUGUUUCCACCUGCCAGAACAUUGCCAACGGCUCCCAGCAGAUCCCCAAAGGAGAUCAAUUCACUCUACUGUGCGAGUUUGCCGAAAACAUUCUGUCUCUGCUCACCAACAUGGGCGUGACUUCCGAUGACAUUUUCGACGCCAUCGCCUCUUCGCCAGCUGGCGUCCAGACCGUGGCUGCUCUUCUGGAGCUGCGAAAGACCAAGGCUGAGUUGAAUCCCAAGUUCCCCUCUGCUGUGCUCUCUGCUGCCUUUGAGUAUCUCUACACCUUUUCCGAGUCUAACCCCGAAUUUUACAAAACCAUUCCUUUCGACUAUAAGAUCUACCUCGAGGAUACCACUCUACCCAUCGCUGCCCAGGUGUUUGUGUGGGGUCUGCACUACAACAUCUGUGUCGAGAGCCAGGGAGUAGGCUCUAAGGGCCGAGACGCCUCUCUGUCCGAGAUUCUGUCGCGACUGCUCAUCAUUUUCAACUCUAACUCUGCAUUUGCCGACCUGCAGGCCAAGCAGGAUGCUGGCUCCAAGGACGGAACUGUGGUUGCCACGGACAAGAAGGACAUGGACGCCAUUGAGGCCCGCUCCACCGUGAACGCCCUCCAGGUCAUUCUCGAGCUCAUUACAGACAUUGCCGAACAGGUCACCUGGUCAGGCGUGACCGAGGAGCCCGAGGACGUCGACGAAGAUAUGGAGGUUGACAUCCCCCAGGACAUUGACUUUGGUCAUGGAGACAAGAACGGCGCUGAGGGAACUGCCGCUACUUCUACCAUCAACUUGCUUCUCAACGAGGCCUCUGCUGUCAUUGAGAAGGCUCUCACUUAUGCCCCUCUCGAGUCGCGAGCCAUGGCUGCUCUCAACAAUCUGGCAUGGACUAUGGCAUCUCACGAGCCCACAAAGGACUCUGAGCAGUGGCAGGGAGCCGCCCAGCAGCUCUGGACCAAUGUGUUCCCCAUGCUCGAGAAGUACGAGGGCGAGCUUGCUAUUGACUCCCUCACAUCUGCUGUUGGUGUUCUUUGGGCUGUAGCAGCUGCUCUGGACUCCAAGAUCAACUCUCUGACUGUUUCCCAGUCCGACUUCAUUCUGGCACAGAUUGAGCGAGUCACCAAGGCCACGGAGACUCUCACUGCCGACGAGAUUGCCGACUAUCACCAGCGAGCUGUUGCUCUGGUUGGUCUUCUAGCAAUGGCUACCGGCAAGAGUGGCUCUCAAGAAUCCAUUGCCCUGGUUGAGAAGGUUGGAGAGUACCUUCUCCAGCUUCUGGAGGCUCUUCCGCAGACCCAAACCCAGGUUGCUCUACAGGCCGUGGACAAGAUCUUUGACAUCUUUGGCGACAAGUACCCCUACGAUGGGCCCGUAUUUGUCAACAAGGGCUACCUGAAGCGACUGGAGCCUCUGCUGCCCAAGGUUCGACACAUGGCCAAGAAAAUUAACAAGAAGCAGAACCCCAGUUUGCGGGAGGACGCUGAUGCUGCCUCUCAGAACCUGAUGCGUUUCAUCAAGUACAAGGCUGACGGCAACUAG